GGUGGCAUUAUUCUAAUAACAACCUGUCUCUCUCAUCCGUCUUCGACUUCAUCUACCUCUACCUCUACCGUCUGCUUUGGGUCAAGCCAAGCCAAUUUGUUUACCUUCCGGGGUCAUGAAUUCCAGACAUGAAUGCAACGGCAUAUGUAUAACAUUGAAGAUAAAAGGAAGAGGGGGGAAAAAUGCGUCCAGUGAUGGCUUCUUCUCGGCCAACGACCCACGACUCGUCCAACCAGGUUUCCGUAGAGUCCGUAUUAGUGGAAUUAAUGCCUAUCUUCCCCAUAGGCCAGCACACUGCCCAGCCACCAAGCACGCCCUAACCCCUGUCCGUCCACCACAUCCCCAUCCCCAUCCUUAUCCCCAUCCUUAUCCUUCGACCCCUCCCCCUCCUUGUCCAACAAACCUAGUCACCUGUUCACUUCUCCUGUCCCGGACGCCGGACGUCAAGCUCUCACCAUCUCCACCAUCUUGUUCUCGUAUACGUGUGCACGAUUCACAGUGCACACAUGACAGGCGGCGUCGUCGAGGACAUGCAAGCAGCUCGAUCCUCUUCCCUCGCGCAUUCGUCCUGACUUUUUCGAGCGACGACGGUCAAUCAGUAUCGCCAUCUUCGCCCUUCACCUCUAUGCUCUUCCUCUCCUCCGCCCAUUGAAAUCAGACACCAUGAUCUCGCCGACACCACCCCGUCUGCUCAGGGCCCUCCUGACCGUCAUCGCCCUGCAAUCGACCUCCGUCGCCUCCAUCUGGAUCUCCGUCGACGCCGA